UGAAACUCAUCGCGCCGCCGCCGCGAACCGUUGCAAACUUCCCCUCUCCACCACAGCUUCUGACAUUUCUCGGUGUUCGGCAUUUGCCAGCUCUUCACGCUUCGGACCUUGUCGCUAUCUCGCAAUCGCUAAUGCAACCUCCAAAAUAUUGACAGCGCAUGGGAAUUGCAUUUUAUACGUUGCUACCGCCAUGCCCGACCAUCCCGACAACGACGACUUGGCUUCUGUGAAUGAUCUGACGCCGGAGGAAGUCAACCGGAUCAUCCAUUCACAUCGCAAGGUGCGCUACGGAACUGCUUGCUGGCCCUGUCGUCAGCGCAAGGUUAAAUGCGACAACAAGGAACCCUGCGAAAAUUGCAUCAAGCGUGACCAUGCGCAGCUCUGUUCGUAUAAACCCAAUCGUGGUAGCACAAGCAGAGGAUCUAUCACGGUUGCACCAAAGAAACGUUCACGGUCGCCAUCCGCUGAAAGAAGUGACCAGCAAGUUGUAGAGCGUCAGCCGAGCUGGCCGCGGACAAUUGCCAAUCUUGAUGAUUCGGAUGCCGUAGGAGACCGCUAUGUUGGACAGAAUAGCAUUCCCGCACUUCUCCGAGACCAGUCGUCCGCAUCAAAUCAGCAUGACAGCGCCGGCAUUCGCCAGGACAUGCGAUCUAUAUUAGGACUCGACAACUCAGCGCCCUUUCCUCUUAUGUCAGGAAAGCAUCUUCAACGGCUGGCCCAAGACAUCUCGACGGAGCUUCCGUCAGAUCGCGAGGUUAUGAAGUUGUUCAGGACUUACAAAGAGAUUCCCCAGCAAUUUUGGGGAUUUGUUGUCGAUAUCGACGACUUUGAAGCAAAACUCAUGGUUUAUCUGGAAGACCGAUCUAGAAAUGCUUCGAAUUCAUCGAGAACCUCCCGACCUGUCACGGCGUCGUGGCUCGCUAUUCUGUUCGCUGUAUUGGCAGUUGGCUCCCAGUAUCACGACUCCCCAUACCAUAUCCGAACGCAAAACUCGCAAAAGUACAUACAAAUUUCCUUCCACUUUCUACGAUUGGGCAAUUUCUUGUUGAGACCAUCGUUUGACUCUAUCCAAGCUCUGUUGUUGACAAGCUUUGUGUUGCUCAACGAUAUGAAAGCAGAGGGCUCCUGGGCGCUCACUGGCCUUACAUGUCGACUUGCACAGUCUCUUGGUUUACAUCGACCGAGCCCGUUUGAAGGAAAGGAGGACGUGCCCGCAGAUAUCAAGGCAAAAGAAACCAUACGACGCCGUCUGUGGUGGACAUGUGUGUGGCAUGACACCCUUACUUCACUGUCGUUUGAUAGAUCGCCAAUGACGGAUUUCCCAAGCUGCGCAAUCCCAGUUCUGACGCCGUCUCCUACGGGAGAAUACACAUACCUCGAAAUGAUGUACCACCUGAUGGAAAUUAUUUCCCGACGACUUAACCCCGAUGCAAUUGCGUCUGCCAACUACCAACAGAUUAUCGAACACUGCGAGGCAGUUGAGGUACUUCGCACCAAGGCUCUCCCGCAUAUACGCGACAAGACACAGUGCAAGACGGCUCUACACCGACUUCAGUAUUUCGCAUUCCGGCUUCAUACAUGUUUUGUCAUAUCCGUGGCUUGUAGGCCAUCGCUACGUGGCGAUUGCGCCAUGGAUCCGCGGCAGAAAAAGGCCCUUGCUUCAAGGUGCAUGAUCAAUCUCACAGAAACGGUUCGGAUGUUUCUAGCCAUGCAUCAAUUGUCGGUGAUCCCAACAAGAAGCUGGGCCUUUACGUAUCACGGCCUCUCAUCCGCACUGCUUCUUGGUCUUUUGAGUGACAAGAAUACCGACCCCGAGAUUAGGCAUCUCCAGGGCGAUCUGAUUGCUGCACUCUCUGCCACGGCUGCCAAAGAUGUCAGCUCUCCCCCACCACACGUUGUUCGAACCGACAAGGAUAUAGAGUUGUCUGGACCAUUGUACAGAGCCUUGACCGCCUUGCGUAACAUAUAUGAUCACGGAAGUGUGACCGGCUCUGAAGCAAAGCGAGAAGGAGACUCAUCAGCCGGUGGAAGUGGAAGUCGAACACCGCUCCCUGGGCUUGGUAUGAUGAACCAGCUCCCCGCACCACCAAAUCUGCAGUUUCGCGCUAUACAAUCUAGCGGAAACUCGCGGGAAGAUGCUGCGUUGGCUAUGGCAGAAAUGCAGAACGGCGCAUCGCUGCCAGAUCUCUCUGCAGUUUCCUUUCCACAACAAUUACCACAGGGCGCUAUGGGCCUUGACACUACCGGAGGCAUUAACAUUGACCCUGCCCAAGCUCCGUAUAUGGCACCUAUGGAGCUUUUCGAUUCCAUCUGGGGAGAAUCCCCAGAGCCAUGGAACACUGGCGUUGACGCGCUCAACUUUGACUUUCUGGCGCAGCCGCCUCCCGGGCAACCCAAUCAACAGUUUUAUUUCUAGGAAUGGGAUGUAAAUCAAAUGUACAGUCACGUAGUUAAUGAAGGAAUCGGUGUUAUGGUAUGUUCGGGCAUAUGAUACUUUUAUAUUUUCUCUUAUAUACACAACAGUCGUCAGGGCUCUCUUUGAUCGUCAAGAUUGGCUACAGUUGUAGCCGCAUCCUUCAGACCGCACGUUUUGCACCUUGGAGGGAAAUGACACUAUUCCGACGGUUUACUGGCCAAGAGACAGCUAACACAGCCAAGAUAUGAUGUCUCCCAAAUGCUCGAGGCGGCGAUUUGUCCUCAUCAUUCGACUGAAAUGCGACCUAGACCCUUGAGGUCGUUAAAAAAUGCAACGCUUUUGAUGAAUAUUCCUGUAGCGGACCGAGUAACCAUGCACUGUCUAUGUUUUCUAGUAUUUUACUUUUUUUUUCCUUUGACUCGUUUGCUGAAGUGCUCUACUUCUUGCGACGAGAAGUGCUAGAAACGAUCUUCUUCUUGAGGUGCUUGGGCAUCUUCUCCUUGCGCUUCUCGCGCUUUGCCUCUUUGACUGCUAGCUUGUGUUGCUGUGAUGGUGUUAGCUUGGGUGUAUAUCAAUGGGUGGGAAAGAGUUUAAGGAAACUGUACCCACCUUCUUCUCGUCCUUGUCUUCGAAGCGACGGCCACGAGGAGUACCCUUUUCAAACAGGCUCUCGUCAACCUCACUACCGCUAUCCAGCGAAGCUCCGUCGUCAGAAUCGCUAUCGUCAGAGCCUUCGUCUUCCUUGUCCUCCUCAGCGUCCUCACCAUCCUUCUUGUUACCGUCUUUGACAACCUGAUCAGCUAACAGGUUGUGGUAAACAAGAUCCUUGCCCUGGCCCUGCUUGACUCGCUGAGCGUCCUUUUCAAUAUCAUAGACUUGCUCCAGGGUUUGCGGAAUAUACUGGUUUCUGAACACUUCGGUAUCGACUUCUUCUUGAGCGGCAGCAUCGUCGUCGGCAGCAGUCUCGUGAAUUUCGUAAAGCUUAGCAAUGGCUUCCGACAUGGCUGGUUCCUCAACAGCAGCCUCAGAGGCGGUGAUGAAGUUGAAGAUGGCUCUGUCCGAGAGAGUCUCGACACCCUUUCUGCGGAAGAAGUCACCGACGUUCUUGAUAUCCAUACGAAGGAACUCGAGCGAUCGAGGGUGAUCAGGCUCCACACUUUGCGAUACAUCGAUAAUGUAGAGUUGGUUCUUGUGGUAAAGGAUGUUGUACUCGCUCAGAUCGGCGUGGACGAGGCGGCAUACCUGGUACAUACGGCGCAUAAUACCCAGGAGCUGAAUGUAAAGGUUCUUCCACUGCUGGUCAACAUCGUCGCCCUGCAGGUUGGCAUCGCGCAGACGAGGGUAAGCCCAGCCCUUCUUGUCUCCCAAGAAGCCCAUGACGAGCACGUGCAGCUUCAGAGCAAGUGGCUCCGGGCAAGGGAUGCCGGCGCUAUAGAUUCUUCGGAGGUUCCUGUAUUCCUUCUCGGCCCAGAGUUUCACCAUCUUGCGGUUGUUUCCCUUUUCCGAGCCGCCCUUGAAACGGUGCUCUCCGGUAAUGUAUCGCUCACGGUCCUUGAAGACGAGAAUGGCAGUCUUGUAGACCUUGAUAGCACGGUGGACAACAGCACCAGACUCGUCGUCGUAAGAAAUGGCACCGUAGACGUUGGCUUCCUUACCGGUGCUGAUGGCACCGUGUACUUCGCUCACAAAGCCACGGUUGAUCAUCUGGAGGAGAAUCAUUCGGGUGCGCUGAUCCAAGACCUGCUCGUUGGUGGCGCGGUCGGCUUUGUCCUUUGUCUUUUCGUCGGUCUGCUUGACAUCGUCGAGUCUAAUCUUGGCAGCAUGCUUGGAGAGAGCCGAGACCUGGUCGUCGACACUGGCAAAAGUGUUCAUGGUGGGCUUCUGCUGGUUGGCUCUGGCAACACCACCGUUGGCGUUGAGCUGGCGCUGGCGAUUGAAGGACUUUGUGAGGUCGCCCGUGGUGCCGGACAUGUCAUCAUCGUCAAAAUCUUGGGUAUCGUCCUCUUCAAAAAUAUCAUCAAGAUCGUCAUCGUCGUCGAAUUCCUGGUCCGGUUGCGGGGUAUCGGCCGUGGACUGGGUUAUGGCAGCGGCGGGCGUGCUGCUGGUGUUAGUGACGGAAGGCUCGUG